CCUUGAAGCGACUACGGCGGCUCCAAGGAGGGGGAGGGGGGAGGAGGGACGGCCGGUCCCGUCAGUCAGGCAGCGGGAGCCGCCGAGAGCGGAUGGCGGCGGCGGUAGCGGCCCCACUCGCCGCCGGGGGUGAGGAGGCGGCGGCCACGACCUCCGUUCCGGGGUCUCCGGGUCUGCCCGGGAGCCGCAGUGCAGAGCGGGCCCUAGAGGAGGCCGUGGCCACCGGGACCCUGAACCUGUCCAACCGGCGCUUGAAGUACUUCCCCCGGGGCGCGGCCCGCAGCUACGACCUGUCAGACAUCACCCAGGCUGACCUCUCCCGGAACCGGUUCCCCGAGGUGCCGGAGGCAGCAUGCCAGCUGGUGUCCCUGGAGGGCCUGAGCCUCUAUCACAAUUGCCUGAGAUGCCUGAACCCAGCCUUGGGGAAUCUCACGGCCCUUACCUACCUCAACCUCAGCCGAAACCAGCUGUCAUCGCUGCCACCCUACAUCUGCCAGCUGCCCCUCCGGGUGCUCAUUGUCAGCAACAACAAACUGGGAGCCCUGCCUCCCGACAUCAGCGCCUUGGGAAGUCUGCGGCAGCUUGAUGUGAGCGGCAAUGAGUUGCAGUCCCUUCCCACAGAGCUGUGUAGCCUCCCUUCCCUGCGGGACCUCAGUGUUCGGAGAAACCAGCUCAGCACCCUCCCUGAUGAGCUGGGGGAUCUUCCUCUUGUCCGCCUGGAUUUCUCCUGUAACCGUGUCUCCCGCAUCCCGGUCUCCUUCUGCCGCCUCAGGCACCUGCAGGUCAUUCUGCUGGACAGCAACCCCCUGCAAAGCCCACCUGCUCAGAUCUGCUUGAAGGGGAAGCUUCACAUCUUUAAGUACUUGUCAACAGAGGCUGGGCGGCGUGGGGGGUCAGCACUGGGGGACCUGGCCCCUUCCCGCCCCCCGAGUUUCAGUCCCUGCCCUGCUGAGGACUUAUUUCCGGGACGUCGGUACGAUGGUGGGCUAGACUCAGGCUUCCACAGUGUUGACAGCGGCAGCAAGAGGUGGUCUGGAAAUGAGUCAACGGAUGAAUUUUCGGAGUUGUCCUUCCGAAUCUCAGAGUUGGCCCGGGAGCCUCGAGGGCCCAGGGAGCGGAGGGAGGAUGGCUCUGCUGACGGAGACCCUGAGCAGAUUGACUUCAUUGACAGCCACGUGCCUGGGGAGGACGAAGAGCGAGGUGCUGUUGAGGAGCCCCGGCCACCAGAAUUGAGCCCUGUGGCAGGGGACGGAGAGAAGGCACCAAACAGCAGGCGGGAGGAGCCUGCUGGUGAGGAGCGGCGACGCCCGGACACUUUGCAGUUAUGGCAGGAGCGGGAGCGGCGGCAGCAGCAGCAGCAGCAGCAGCAGCAGCACAGCGGAGCGUGGGGGGCCCCCCGGAAGGACAGUUUUGUGAAGCCGGGGGUCAGGGCUGCUGGCGGAGGUCCUGCGGCCUCAUCCACUCAGGCCUCCUACAACGGCAUGCCCAAGUCCAGUGCCACCCAACUGGGAUCUUCAGGGGGGCAGGGAGCCCCCCCGGCCCCUGCCACCACCCCUGCCUCCCAGGAGCCCCUUCCUGCAGCUGGACCAGCGACAGUGCCUGCUCCCCGGCCGCUCGGCUCCAUUCAGAGACCAAACAGCUUCCUCUUCCGUUCUUCCUCUCAGAGUGGCUCAGGCCCUUCCUCACCAGACUCUGCCGUGAGGCCUCGGCGACCCCCUCAGCUUCUGGACGAGAAGGAGCUGAUGGCACAGCUGCGCCAGGUAAUGGAGUCCCGGCUGCAGCGGCCCCUGCCUGAGGACCUGGCGGAGGCUCUGGCCAAUGGGGUCAUCCUCUGUCAGCUGGCCAACCAGCUGCGGCCCCGCUCCGUGCCCUUCAUCCAUGUGCCCUCGCCUGCUGUGCCAAAACUUAGUGCUCUCAAGUCUCGGAAAAAUGUGGAGAGUUUCUUAGAAGCCUGCCGAAAAAUGGGGGUGCCUGAGGCUGACCUGUGCUCGCCCUCGGAUCUCCUCCAGGGCACCGCCCAGGGGCUGUGGACCACCCUGGAGGCUGUGAAGCGGGUGGGGGGCAGGGCCCCCCCACCCCUCUGGCCCCCCUCUGGUCUGGGCGGCUUCAUCUUCUUCUACGUGGUCUUCAUGCUGCUGCUCUAUGUCGUCUACACUCGGCUCCUGGGUUCCUAGGACCUGAAGUCACCCUUUCCCCUGCCCUCUCCACCUAUUUCUAUUUAUAAGACUCCUGUGCAACCCCCAUCCCUACCAGUGGUGCCUUCAGUCCCUACCAAAGACACUAGUGAACCCUCUCCCCUCACACACACUGACCUCAGAGGCCCCACUCUGGUGCCCCCAGACCCUGGGCCCCCAGCCUCUGGCCACCCUCCUGUAGCCCCUUCCCGUGCCCCUCACCUCUCCAUGCUGAUGGUGCCUUCAUUCCCUCCAGGCCCUGCCCUGCCCUCUGCUCCCUCAGAGGGUAGAUCUCAACCUUCUUCCUUGUGCCGUCCCCCUCCACCCCGGUCCCCCCACUGUUAUGGGGAGCUAAAUUAUCUAUAUUUUGUAGAGAGAACUCUAUAUUUGUAGGAGUUGCAGGGGCCCAGGCUGGGUCCCUGUCUCUGUGUAUAAAUUGUACAGACCGUG